AUGUUGGACGGCAUCAUGCAGGGUCUGUUUAGCCUGCUGUUUUAUUCGAAUGGCUCUGGUGGUAGGGAUGUCGACCAGUUUAAGGAGGGCCGAUGGGCUGGAAACCGGAUCUCGAUCCAGGUCAAGGAGACUGUCGGAGAUCUGGCAGAGUGGAAGGACAUCAGCGCUGAGGUCGAGGCUGACUUGAAUCCUAGUGGCCUUCGUACUAAACAGUAA